AUGGCGGAUCUGUGUUUCUUGUGCUCGGCUGUUCCCGUGUUUUGGGUGCAACAUGCAAGCUCCGAUGUACAGAUUGACUAUUCCGCUGUCGGGGUCGGCAUCUGCAAGGUUGUCGUCAUCUUCUCGCCGGAUAUGUGCUUCAUCGUAUCCACCAUGACUGUGGUCGUCCUUACAGUCGAGAGAUAUGUUGCAAUCUGCUGGCCGAUGAAAUUCAAAACGAUGAGCACAAGACCCCGAGCUGUAACUACAAUCGUUCUCACGUGGCUUCUAGCAGCAAUGUUGAAAUCACCGCAGAUUUACUUCGCGGAUAUUGUGUACCAAUGCCUGGACUGGUCCUCUUAUACCAAUAACACCGAAGAAUUUCCAACUGACAUUGUUAAAUGCGAUUUCUGUAGCAUAGCAAAACAUGGGGAUUACACUUGCCUUAUUUGGAAGCGUUUGCUGACAGUUGAUAGUUUGUUAAUUCUUCUCGUCAUCCCGUUAAUCACCACCCUCUAUUCGCUGAUCGUCCUCCAAUUGCGGCGGCUCUCGAGAACGGCAGCGACUGGUUCCGCUGCUAGCUCAACUAGAAUGAAGCAACAGGUUGUGCGGAUGUUAAUGGUGACGAUUGCCGUGUUUAUUAUAUGCAUCACACCACUACGAGUUCUGAACCUGUUAUCGAUUUGGGAUUAUCGAAUACCGGAGAAUCUCGUAUGGGGACUUGUGAAUAUGGCUCGAAUCAUGCAGUACACCAAUUCGGCUGUGAACCCCAUUAUAUACAACAUCAUGUCCGACAAAUACAGACAGUCCUUUAAGGAGGCGUUUGGAUUUAUCUGUGAGUCUCAGCCUAAAGACUCUCCUCCUGAAACGCAAAACACCCGGAUAUAA